AUGAACCUCUUUUUCCCAAAGCAAAAACCUAAAGCGAACGCUAAAGAUGCUAUUGUUCGCCUUAGAGAAACAUUGCAAAUGCUUGAAAAGCGAGAAAAUCACCUACAGAAUAAGAUCGACAGUGAACUUAAACUUGCAAAAUCCAAUGCAACUUCUAACAAAAGAGCUGCCUUGAUGGCACUCAAGCGAAAAAAACAAUACGAAAGUCAGAUUGAAAAGAUCGGUGGUGCACGUAUUACAAUCGAGGCUCAAGUUAUGGCAAUUGAAAGUGCAAAUGUUAAUCUUGAAACUAUUAAGGCAAUGGAAAGUGGUGCUGAAGCAAUGAAAGCAAUACACGGAUCUAUGGAUAUAAAUAAAGUAGAUGAUAUAAUGGAUUCUGUCCGUGAGAAUAUGGAUUUGGCUGAUGAAAUUUCAAAUGCGAUUUCUGCACCCAUGAUCGGAGUCGAUUUAGAUGAUGAUGAGCUAACGGCUGAAUUAGAAGAAUUAGAACAGGAGGUUCUUGACAGUCAAUUGCUUGAAGUUGAACCCCCGCCUGUUAUUGCACCUAGUGUACCUAUCACCGAACCUUCUCGCG